AUGGCCGAAGCUGGUGCAGGGCAGGACUGGCAUCGUAUGGCUGAACUUGGAGGCUCCCUGGCACAUAAAACUGAGGCAAGGGCCCCCACGGGCACCCGGCUGGGCUCCGAGGGGCCGGGCAGCGGCGCCAAGAACCAGCGCGUGUGCCACGUGGCGGUGCAGCUGGAGAUGGGCAGCCUAUGGGAGGAAUUCAACCGCCUGGGCACAGAGAUGAUCGUCACCAAGGCAGGCAGGAGGAUGUUCCCCACCUUCCAGGUGAAGCUCUCAGGGCUGGACCCACUGGCCGAUUACGUCCUGCUGAUGGAUUUUGUCCCGUUGGAUGACAAGAGAUACAGGUGGGGACCAGGGCACUUGAGGCCAAAGAUGGAUGAAUGGGCGGUGGCAACGGGACAGGCAGGGUCCUUGGCUGCUCUCGAUGGCUGAAGGGUCCGUGUUCACCCCACGUCCCUGCCGGCGCUCAGCCACCGCCAUCUGCGGCAGAUUGUCUCCUUCGACAAGCUCAAGCUCACCAACAACCUCCUGGAUGACAACGGCCACAUCAUCCUCAACUCCAUGCACCGGUACCAGCCCCGCUUCCACGUGGUCUUUGUGGACCCCCGGCGGGACAGCGAGCGCUUCGCCCACGAGAACUUCAAGUCCUUCAGCUUCCCCGAGACGCAGUUCAUGGCAGUGACAGCCUACCAGAACCACCGGAUCACGCAGCUGAAGAUUGCCAGCAACCCCUUCGCCAAGGGCUUCCGGGACUGCGAGCCCGAGGCCUGGUAA